GCAGACAUCAAGAUUGGAGAGCAGCUGAAUGAAGGUAAAACCAAGAAAAUUUUUGCCUUACCAGACUCACCAGAUGGCAACCAUGUUCUUUUGAGGUCAAAGGACAAGAUCACUGCUUUUGACAGCACCAGGAAGAAUGACCUUGCUGGCAAGGCAAAAUUCAGCAAUGCCACAACCACUGCAGUCUUUCAACUGCUAAGCACCUGCGGCAUCAAGACUCACUUUGUGAAAAAGCAUGAUGAAGAAUCUUUUAUUGGAAUCCGCUGUGAUAUGAUACCCCUGGAAGUAGUAACUCGUCGCAUAGCAACAGGGUCAUUCUUAAAGAGGUACCCUGGAGUCAAGGAGGGCUACAGGUUCGCACCUGUCAAGCUGGAAAUGUUUUUUAAAGAUGAUGCCCAGCAUGAUCCAUUCUGGACCUACGAACAGUGUGUAGAGGCUGAGUUAAUCGCUGGCGGCAAGAAGAUUGGCAAGCAUGAGCUAAAUGUCAUGGGUGAAACAGCUGUCGCCGUCUUUGAGAUCAUUGAGAGAGCCUGGGCAACAGUGGAUGUCGCUCUUGUUGAUAUGAAAGUGGAGUUUGGAGUGAACCACAAGACUGGAGAGCUUCUUCUUGCUGAUGUUGUGGAUAACGAUUCUUGGCGGAUUUGGCCAUCUGGGGACAAACGUCUGAUGCGUGACAAGCAAGUCUAUAGGAACCUGCCUGAGGUUACUCCAGAAGCCUUGGAACAAGUCAAGAAAAAUUAUGAAUGGGUUGCAGCUGAAGUGCAGAAGCUUAAUGUUCAUCACCCAGGGCAUGCUGUUGUCUUCAUGGGCUCACCCAGUGACUUGGACCAUUGUAAGAAGAUCGAGACUGCACUGAAAGAGUUUGGCAUCCCUGCAGAUCUCCGAGUUUGCUCUGCUCACAAGGGAACAGAGGAUGCUUUGCAGGUUUUACGAUGGUAUGAAGGCCAAGGCAAUCCUGUCGUCAUCAUUGCAGUUGCUGGACGUAGCAAUGGUCUUGGACCAGUUUUAUCUGGUAAUACAGCCUUCCCAGUGAUCAACUGCCCCCCAAUGAGUUCCCAGUGGGGUGCCCAAGAUGUCUGGUCGUCUCUGCGACUGCCAUCUGGAUUAGGUUGCACCACAACUCUCAACCCUGAUGGUGCUGCUCUAGCUGCUGCUCAGAUCUUAGGCCUCGGUGAUCAUGUGGUCUGGGGAAGUUUGAAGGGAAAGAGGCUUAAUACAGCUGUUGGUCUUACAGAAGCAGAUCAGAAGCUGCAACAACAGUAA